AUGUCAGCUUUUACUCCAAGGAAAAGGAAGCAGAAUUCUUUGAAUUGUGACAAGUGAAAAUUAAUUUUGGACUUUACUGAAAACAUAGUUUCAUCACCGAAUAAAAAACACAUUUGCCAAAGCAGUGAUAAAAAUGAAGAAAAAGUGCAUUACUCUCAACAAGGCCAUUUCAUUUCAAGUCUGCUCCAAACAACUAAAAAAAAUAAAUUACCAUCUGCAAAUCAAGGUUCACCUUUUAAAUCUUCUGUGUCUACUGUAUCCUUUUACAACAAAAAUAAGUGUUACCUCAAUCCAUUGGAGAGAAAGAUAAUAAAAGAGAGUAGAUCCAUUUGUCUAAAAACUAAUAAUGAAGCUCAGUCUCUUCCCAGCGUGACAGAAAAAACUCAGGGAAAACCAGUCCGCUCCAAGAAGAUGAACAAAAAACCACGGAAGAGCUUAACUGCUAAGUGUCAACCAAGCUAUAAGCGCAUCAAGCCUAUGUCAAAGAAUUCUAAAAAUUCCAUGCAAAAUCGAGUGGCCUACAAACCAAGUGCAGAGAAAGAGAACAACUGUUAUUCAGCUGAGAAUAAUCUGCAUGCUCCUAGAGUUCUAAGCCAAAAAGUCAAACCACAAGUAACGCUCCAGGGUGGAGCAGCAUUUUUUGUUAGAAAAAAAUCCUCUCUUAGAAAAUUGUCUCUGGAAAAUAAGCCAAUCCUGGGACUCACCCAAGAGAAUAAAUCGGAAGUGAUUAAAGAUUCUGAUGCAGAGACUGUCAGUCAAAGAAAAUGUUUUGAGACGAGGCAAGCGCCUGAGUGCUUGUUAAUAGCAAAGGAACUGAACAUUGAGCUGCUGGGUACAAGAAGUAAAAAUGAAGAGAAAUUAAUAAAGGAUUCCUCAAGUGGAAUAAUUUCUUCAAGGGAACAUAAACCUGAUGAAAAUAAGUGUUUUCCUUUGGAAGAUUCUCACAGUGAGAACAAGGCAGUUUCUCCUGAGUUCACUGUCUAUCCCAUCUUCAGUGCAUCUUCAGUUAAUACAAAAAGAUCUCUAGUUGAAGAACAGUCUUCUGUGGGAUCCGUCAUACCUACUAACUUCUUGAAACAGAUCAAUGCACAGAAAAGUACUAAUGCCAGAGAUACAAAUAAAGAAACAAAAGACCAGCUCGUUAUUGACGCAGGUCAGAGACGUUUUGGAGCCACCAUGUGCAAGUCUUGUGGCAUGAUCUACACUGCUUCCAACCCUGAAGAUGAACUGCAGCAUGUGCAGUAUCACCACAGGUUUCUGGAGGGAAUCAAAUACACAGGCUGGAAAAAAGAACGUGUAGUAGCAGAGUUUUGGGAUGGGAAAAUUGUGUUGGUCCUGCCACAUGAUCCAAGUUAUGCUAUCAAAAAGGUAGAAGAUGUCCAAGAACUUGUCGAUAAUGAAUUGGGCUUCCAGCACGUUGUUCCCAGAUGUCCAAACAAAACCAAAACUUUUCUCUUUAUAUCUGAUGAAAAGAGAGUAGUUGGGUGUUUAAUUGCAGAGCCUAUUACACAGGCCUUCCGUGUUCUGUCUGAACCAACUGGUCCAGAAUACCCACACUCUAAAGAAUGUCACAGGGCUUGGCAAUGUUCAAACGUGCCAGUACCUGCAGUCUGUGGGAUAAGUAGAAUCUGGGUCUUCAGAUUGAAGAGAAGAAAGCGCAUUGCAAGACGACUGGUAGAUACUCUCAGGAAUCGCUUUAUGUUUGGCUGUUUUCUCAGCACUGAUGAAAUAGCAUUUUCUGACCCAACACCAGAUGGCAAGUUAUUUGCAACCAAGUACUGCAACACCCCUAAUUUCCUUGUAUACAAUUUUAAUAGUUAA